CAUAGUUAUAUCCACACAUCAUCCAGAGUGAAUAAAAGCCAGAUUGUAAAAUAAUUGCAAUCUCUUGAAGUAGAGCCAGCCUUGCAGACCAGAUCCAUCCGUCUUCAUUAAUUUGUAUACAGUUUUUUUACCAGAAGAAAUUUUCUGAAGGUACUCGCAUGGGAAUGCUGAAACAGCUGCACAACUUUUAUUUUGAAGAAAAAAAAGUUGAGCCUCGGAACAGUGUGUUUUAGAGAGAGAGAGAGAGAGAGAGAGAGUGACUCUGCAUUUAAGACUUUGACCAGUGUGUGUAAGAAGUGCUCUCAUGGCUGGGAUAAUCUAACAAAUUUUUACCUGGGUAGCAGCUGGCAGAGCUCCCCGCUUUUCUUGCACAGCUGAAAGGAAUCCAGUGCAAUUCUGCGCUUCGAUCAACUCGCCUCCAGUUCUGCUCAGCCUGCCCGGUUUGGUAGCGCACGGCUGUGCCUGGCUUUUGUGGCCUCUAUGGCCCUUUUCUGCUCCACUGUCAGAGAGAGGGAGGGAGGCUUCCCCCAGCACCAAAAUACCAUUCUGUGUGCUCUCUGCAGCACAGUAGCUAAGAACAAGUUUCCCGAUUACUCCCUGGGCUUUUUUGGAGUUAUUUGCUGGAAGAAGUCUUUUUCACCACUUUAAAUGGAUGAUUGUGUUACAAUCAAGAAAAAGCAUCUCCAAAGACCAAUCUUUAGAUUAAGAUGCUUGGUAAAGCAGCUGGAGAAGGGUGACAUUAAUGUGGUGGACUUAAAAAAGAAUAUUGAAUAUGCAGCAUCUGUGCUGGAGGCAGUUUAUAUUGAUGAAACCAGGAAACUUUUGGACACUGAAGAUGAGCUCUCUGACAUCCAGUCGGAUUCGGUCCCGCUGGAAGUGCGGGACUGGUUAGCUUCUACAUUCACGAGAGAAAUGGGAAUAGUGAAGAGGAGACCUGAGGAAAAGCCCAAAUUCCGAAGCAUUGUGCACGCUGUACAGGCUGGGAUUUUUGUAGAAAGGAUGUAUCGAAAAACUUCAAGCAUGGUUGGUUUGGCUUAUCCAGCAGAAGUGAUAGUCACAUUUAAGGAUGUUGAUAAGUGGUCUUUUGACGUAUUUGCCCUUAAUGAAGCAAGUGGAGAGCACAGUCUGAAAUUUAUGAUGUAUGAGCUAUUAACCCGAUAUGACCUUCUGAGCCGUUUCAAGAUCCCUGUUCCCAAUCUCAUUUCUUUUGCUGAAGCUCUUGAAGUUGGUUACAGCAAAUACAAAAAUCCCUAUCACAAUUUGAUCCAUGCAGCUGACGUUACUCAAACUGUGCAUUACAUAAUGAUUCACACUGGCAUCAUGCACUGGCUCACAGAACUGGAAAUUUUAGCAAUGAUCUUUGCAGCUGCCGUCCAUGACUAUGAACAUACUGGGACCACAAACAAUUUUCAUAUUCAGACAAGGUCAGAUGUUGCUAUAUUGUACAAUGAUCGUUCUGUUCUUGAAAAUCAUCAUGUAAGUGCUGCUUAUAGACUCAUGCAGGAAGAGGAGAUGAACAUCCUGGCUAAUCUAAACAAAGAUGACUGGAGGGAGUUGCGUAGCUUGGUCAUUGAGAUGGUCUUGUCUACAGAUAUGUCGGGUCACUUCCAACAAAUUAAAACAAUGCGACACACUCUGCAGCAGGCACAGGGGGUAGACAAAGCCAAAGCCAUGUCUUUGAUUCUACAUGCAGCAGACAUAAGCCAUCCAGCAAAAUCCUGGGAGCUGCACUACCGGUGGACCAUGGCCCUGAUGGAAGAAUUCUUUCGACAGGGAGACAAGGAGGCUGCUUUAGGUCUUCAAUUUUCCCCACUUUGUGACCGCAAGUCCACUUUGGUAGCUCAGUCUCAAAUAGGUUUCAUUGAUUUCAUAGUAGAACCAACAUUUUCUCUUCUUACUGAUUCAAUGGAGAAAAUUGUUAUGCCUCUUAUAGAGGAAGCGACAAAAUCUGAAAGUCCUGCAUUUGGGACCCCCAGCCAAAAUAGUUUGGGAGCAGUAAGCAAUGCUGAAGCACAAAGACGACCUGGGUUUAAAAGUACAGGUGAUGGAGGGACUCACACAGAAAAUUCUCUAGCAACUGUAGACCUAAGGGGCUUCAAGGACAACCUGAUGAAGAUCAUUCAAGCAAACAAAGAAAGAUGGAAAGAAUUAGCAGCAGAAGAAGAACUUGUGAAAAAUGUUGGUGAACAGGAAAAAGACCAAAGCAGAAAUUCCACAGAUGCACAGUUACAGGAAGAGGCAACAAGGACACAAAAUGAGAGUAGUCAGGGAAGUGAUGGUACAACCUGUCCUCCCAGAUCCAUCGUCCUACAAGUAGUCUCUUUGGACACUCCUCUGAGUGAUGGAUCCAGCUCAGAAAAGUGCACUAACUCUGAUCCGAACCAGAAAGACCCCAGCGAUGCCCAGCAAGAGACACAGAAUGCAGACCCGCUGAAUGGUAAUGCUUCAGCACAGAGCACCAGCCAGCCCCAUGGAGCUGUCCAGGGUGAAGCUGCAGCAGUGUCUGGUGAGCCUAAACACUGUAAGACGUCAGAAGAUAUUGUAAAAGCCACGGAGCAGACAGAAGCACUGGUACAGAACUAGAUUUGCUAUUUCUUAAAAGCUUCUGACAUUUCAGGCAGGACAGGAGAAAAGAACUCUAGCUGCUCCUACCUCAUGAUCUCAGAGGCUGUUAUGUGUCAACUUGCAUUUGGAUCAUCCUUUUUCUGUGGAGAGUGAUUGAACAAAAUGUUCAAAAAUGUAAAAUGUAAAACCCUGAGCUGGUAACUCAAGGCACCUAAAAACUCGCAAGAUUUCAGUUGUUUUUGUGUUGCUAUUUCCCCUUCUAUUCUGCUUUCUUAAACUAGCCAAAUAAUUUUUCAGCCAAAGUUGGACCUUGCUUUGUUGCAUCACUGGUACCAGACAUUUCCAGUAAAUCACGAGAUACCUGGAAACAUGAUGUUUGUCAUCUGCCUGGGAUUGCUGUUACGUGUCACUGCUGCUGGUGUCCAAUGCAAAUGGAAAAUCAAAAUGAAAUGUGUUUCUAGAUACUUGUUCAUGCAAUCAUGCUGCAUGCAUCAUAAAAGUCCUACUUGUUAGCUUCCUUAAAAUAUCUGGAAAUAAAUUUUUGUAGAGUGUACAGGGAAGUUGCAAAGUUACACUGACCAGCCUGCGCUAAUGAGGAUUCUUCCCCACUGCAGUGGCUGCCAAAUGGACAGAACUGGUGUUGAACAAAUUUGAAAGUAGUUGAAUAGCAUCUGGUGUUAAAGAUUAAAACAUUCUGAAUCCUGUAAUAUUUUGAAAGGCAUCAGCGCUGGUGUCAGCCCUACCAUGAAGCUGGUACUUACUGUUUUGUAGGGUGGAAGAGACAGCAACAGAAAUUCAUGAAAAUUGCUUCACUUCAGCAAAAUGCUGUGUUGCCUCUCAGACAGAAUAGGAAGGUGACACUGAGGCCUUAUGUCAUGGUUUAUCUCAAAUGCAAAGGUGACAACAUGCAUCCUGCAACAUCUUUGCCAGAGUUUGUUUCUUUUUGAGGGGCAGCAACAGCGGCAGCACACAGGCAGUUAAUCUCUGCAAGAAGCCUCGGAAUGAGCCCUCCAGACCAAACCGUGCUCCUGAAGAAACUCCCUUUUCAUCUCUUCUUCCCUCGAGCUGCACAUGACCCCUCCUGGUUCCUCUGGUGUCCUACAGAGCUGCAGCCAACCUCAUUUCCCCUGCUGGGCCCCGCCAGGAGGCUGCCAGGCUCCUGGUCAGGCUGCAGGCGCUCGGGUGGCUGCACUCCCUGCUCUCCUUCUCGGACCCUGUGGUUAUUACCUCACUGAACAAACAGUCCUUCCAAGCAGCCGUGGCCCGCUCUGAAGGGCACUCGUGGGGGCAGUGGCACUGUGCUCUGUGCCAAGGGUGACUGGGGCCUGUGUGCUGCUCAUCUGCUGCGUCAGGCAUCCACCAGGGCUCAGCAGGCAUCAGCUCCACCUCAACCAGGGCACGCUGUGCCCGACUGAAGAAGGAAUCAUGAGCAAUCACCUUGGCUGAGGGACUCUUACAUGUCCAUACCUGUUGACUGUCUCUUUUCUGACAGCAGAGCAGUCAAAAUUCAGCUGGGAACAGUGUAAGCUCUGAGCCCAGGGAAAAGGGCAUGCCAAAAAGUGGAAUUCCUGUCAUUGAAUAUGUAAGCCAUAUAUGUGCUAUGCAUAAGUAGUAUGCAUAGUUUUAACUUAAGAAAUGUUUGUGCAUAUAGGAUGUAAAAAAUACAUUUAAAUUGUUUUGUGUAUCUGGUCCAAGGCUUGUAUUUAGCAUGGACAAAUUUCUGUACAGUGCCGUUAACGAAUGAAAUGUUAACAGAUGAAACUGUAUCAUAGAUGUUAUAACGCAAUCAAUAUUUUUUGCUAAGAGUUAAGAAUUUAUAUAUUCUCUGCUGGUGUUUGAGCAAAUCGUUAGUAGCCUGGACCGCUCUGUGCACCUUUGCAUCCUUUUUGGGAAUGUUGGACUAUUUUUUUCCUUUGUAAUAAAAUGUAAACCAUC